GCAAUAUUUUGACCUUAUCAUUGAGAAAAUAUUUUUUUGAUGUUGACCUUGUUUCUAAGGUUACUUGAAGUUCAAUUAUUAUUUAAAUUUAAUUAGCGAUUAAAGUGAUGUUCUAACCAUCAAAUCUUGCUCUAAACAUUUGUAACACUUAAGUGAUUAACUUCCUCAUAACCAUGUCAUCAGCCGUUUACAAAGCAGUGAUUUCUGUAGCAGACAAAGUUGUACCAAAGGGCCUGAGACCACUCUGGGAACAUCCAGCAGGUCCUAAAACUAUUUUCUUCUGGGCACCUGCGUUUAAAUGGGGCUUAGUUAUUGCGGGCAUUGGUGAUAUUACCCGGCCAGCAGAAAAAGUGAGCAUAUCUCAAUGUUCAGCAUUAGCUGCUACUGGAAUUGUGUGGUCAAGAUAUUCACUAGUCAUCAUACCAAAAAACUGGAGUUUAUUUAGUGUUAAUGUUUUUGUGGGUGCUACAAAUACAUAUCACUUAGUGAGAGCUAUUUUGUAUCAACAGCAACAAAAAAAGGCAUUGGGAAGUAGCAACUAAAAUUCAGACAAACAGUGAUAUAAUUUUAAUUAUAAUAAUAUUAAAUAAUAUUGAAUAAAUAAAUUUGGUGCAUUCAAGUUGGGUCCUGGAUUUUUAUAGGUUCUAUACUAGUUGGGUCCAGAAUUAUAUUAGGUAUAAAUAUUUAAACCAACUAGUGUAAUACGUAAAAUAAUUUGAGACCAGACUAGUGUAGUAAUUUCAAAUUUGGAACCCAAUUCGGAUGCAGCCAAUAAAUUAAAUAAUAAAUUAAAAUAGUUUUUUAUGUGAUAAAUUGUUGAUUCUAAAUAAAGAACAAGAACUUGUUAAUUAUUUACUUUAUUUUCAUAGAAUACAAAAAUGGCAUUUUUUA